GCUGCAUAUCUCCGCGCUCCUUGUCGGCGUUUUGCCUGGCCUGGAUCGCUCCGUUUCCCCUCGAAUGACACACUUAACUGGGGUUGCAGAACCGAACCGAACCGAGCCAGGCAGCGGUUCUGAGCUGGACCAGGAUGCGGAGGAGUUGCGCUUCUGAUCGGACCUGAGCAGUGACCACGGGAUAAGGAGACACGAAGCCCUGCAGGACAGGAGGGAAGGCGGGGAUGCUGGCUUGUGAGGAAGGGACCGGAAGGAGUGACUGUGGGAUGUGAGGUGGAUCCUACCGCUGUUUGCUUUGCUCGCUGGUUCAUAAAUCACCCAGAGUUUAUGUUCUGAGAAGGUGGGCCAAGUCCCGGGAUAGGAAAGGAAGGGGGUUGGCUCAGUUGUUACAGCAGCGAGUAAUGGAUCAUGGUGGUGAUGUGAGGAGCUCCAGGACUCCCAGUCGACUCACAGCGCUGCAGUUCCUCUGAAGCCCCGCUCAAGUUGGCUCCUGCCUGUUGAGAUGCAGCAAAUGGAAACACAGUGAAGGGGUUCAUGCUGAUAAAAUUGAUCUGCUCAGUGAGCUCCAACCAGAGCCAUGGGGAAUACCCAGACUGCCGCAGCGAGAAGGAGUCCGGAGGGGAGGCGUCACUCCUGGUGUCUCCGCUGGUGGUGGCUGGGAUUGUUAUAGGACUGGUCCUCUUCCUCUCCUGCAUCACCAUCAUCAUCGGCAGCCUGCGGAAAGACAGUCGACUCAGAAACCCACACUUUGGCGCCAGCUAUGGACAAGAUGGAUUUUCCUUUGGGGGUUCAGCAGGGGAACUGAGGUCUAGCUGCAUAGAGGACUUUCCUCCUGCCUUAGACUUUGACUCCUUCAGAGAGAGUCUUCCACAGAUUACCAGCCUGUAUCCUGACUCUCCACCACGCUACGAUGAGUGUGUGGGACCAGAUUUGACUCAGAUCUACAUACCAACUGGUGACCCGCCCCCAUACUCCCUGCUGGACCCGUGCUGGUGCCCGGCAGGCCCAGAGGAGCAGCCUCCACACUCGGGUCCACCAGAUGCUUCACAGUACUGUGGAGAGACGUCCGCCAGCACUGCCUGGUCCUCAUCGUCCUCCUCCGCUUCCUCCCACUGUUCCCUGGGACUACAUGAGCAGGAGCAGCAACACAUUACAUGUAUUUCCUUCCCAAUGGAGGCAGCGCCUCCUUAUGAUGCGGUGCUGGGAGAGCAGGGACAUCCCCUACCUCUCAUGCCAUGUAACCUUAACAAACACUCAGACAGGGACUAUGAUGAAAACUCCCAGCAACUCCCAGCCAACCACAUCUCCUAAGACCAUUAAUUUGGUUUACUCAGCUGAGCUCUCAGCUGUCUCCUGGUUAUUUAAGCUAACACUUAGUAAGCAGCUGGGCACCAAGCAGUAGAAAGCAACAAUGUCUGAAUAUCUUCCAUACAGUUGCUAACACACUAUAGCCAUUUUAAAGCAAGAGGAAAUCUUUUUGUGAUAAAUAGGUGGUUCAUCCGAAAUGAUGCUUCGCUGAACAACAACCUGUUAAGGUACACAGCUCUGUUUUUUCUUUAUAUUUUUAAGGUUAUUAUUGUUAUUAUAGAUGGUUAUUAUAGAUGGUUAUUAUAGAUGGUGUUUGUCUACCAUCUAGUUGAGAUGGUCUCAGAUUUCUUUAAAUUUGCUCUAAUAUUAUGUAUUAUGUUCAAAACCAACACAGGAGUCUAGACAUUAGAGCAGAGUGCUGUUCACCAAUGGCAGUUCUGUCAUGAUGGAGUCCUGGAUGAGCCCCCUUUCUCUGCUCAUCCCUCAUACAAUCACAUCCACUAACAAAGUAAAUAUUUACCCAUAUAUUAGUUAUGGGGUGUCAUUUAUUAAAAUACACAGUCAAAAAUUAACAGCAAUAACUAAAUAUAAGCUAAAUAUUCCAAUCCAUUCCAGCUUUAAUUAUACUAUAAAAACAACACAGAUGACCAAAGUGUUGUACACUAUUAUUUUAAUUGAGAAUUAAAUAUUUAGCUUAAGAGAAUACACAUUUAGCUCCUAACUAAAUAUUUAGUAAACUAGCUAAAUAUUUAACUCCACAUUAAGUAUUUGGCUUGCUAACUUGCUAACUAAAUAUUUAGAUUCUUAACUAAAUAUUGAGUUUGUAGCUAAAUAUUUAGUUUGUAAUUUUGAAGCUAAAUAUUUAGUUACAAACUAAAUAUUUUAGUUUGUAACUAAAGAUUUAGCUUCAAAAUGGCUGACCUGGUCAGUGAGCCAUACCAACCAUAUCAAAACCUGCUAACUUCCUGCAUGGCUUUGUAGUAAAAUAGGCUGAACUAACCAGUAGUCUACCUGGACAUGAGGGGAAAACUAAUAAAUCGCCAUUCUUUCUGUGGAGGUUAUUAAAGCUUUCAGCACAGCAGAAUGAUGAUGGUCUGAAAUUAUUUUUAAUGCUAAUUAAUUCCAGCCUGAAAUGUGGAGAGACUCAGCUCCAUCUGUUUUGUCAUAAUUCUUCCGAUAAAGGGCUCUGGUUUUAAUAUCGUGCUAGAACUGGAGCCAAGCAACGACAUGUAGCUUGGAGCCUUCCCUCCCUGAGGCUGGACUGAUGCAACAAAUACUUUAACACACUAACCUGUAGACUCACUGCAGCUCACUGCUGCUCCACAAAUAGAGUUCUGCUCCAUGAAGGAAACAGCUGUGAAGCACAACUGAAAUUACGGGUUGGAGUUUUAUAAUGAAUCAAUCAGUUUAUUUGUAAAGCACAUUUCAGCAGCAAGACAGUUCAAGGUGUAAAGCACCUUGAACUGUCACAAAAUUACAAAGUUCUAAAGAAAACUGUCAACAACUGAACAGACAUUAUGUUUUCACCAAAAUCAUACACAUAAAAUAUGUUGGUCAAUAUUUAAUUCAUUACAAUUCAAAAACAACUCAUUCAGGUGGGUUUUUAGUCUUAUACAAAUCUGAAAAGUGUGGUGUGCUUAUGUAUUUAGCCUUAAGACAUAAGCUAUUAAUUUGUUAACUUGAAUAGCUUAGAGUAUAUAUCCAUGUGCUAAAAGGGCCUAGUUAAAGUUCAAAUCAAGGUCCAAUUGAGAAUCUAUUGAACAUAAUCUAUUGAUAGUUGAUGUUCAGAGUUAGCCUCAUCUGGUCUGACUUAGCCUGAGUUACUUUUCAUAGAAAUAUAGUAAAACAUGAGCAAAGCUGAUAGUCAUAUACCCAACAAAGCUAGCUUCGAGAAGCUAUGGACUGCUAGCACUCAAUUCAAUACAGAAAAAUUGAGAAACAAGUGUGCUCUACCUUCACAAUCAUCACAUGAAAUACUAAAUCUAACUCUUUGAUGUAUGAGUUUAUAAUCUGUAAAAGUGUGGAAAAAUCAUUAAAGGCUCCAAAUAUGAAACACAUUUCAAUAGUAAUUCUUCAUUUCUGAUCAGAACAAGAUUAAAAAGAAAAUAGUGGUUAAACUCACCUCUGGAUCAUUCUGCCAAUCAGCCAAAUUAAAAAUUACUUUUUAAUACACCAUAAAUGCUUUUGCUAUAAAUAAAAAAAAUAGUUAAACUUGAGUUAUAAAAAUAAUUAGGACUUGGAUCAGAAUUCAGGUUAAAAAAGAGCAAGAAACAAUUAGUACAUGUUAUCCUUCUAUUUUUUUUUUUUUUUUUUUUUUUUUACAGUUUUUUAGCAUUUUGUAGGGUGCAGCCAGUGAGGAUCAAAACCACAGCCCAGAUUCAGUGUGCAGCUGAAAGGAAAUAUAAGGUUGUCACUAUCCAAUACUUUAAAUAGAAUCUGAUGAAGAAAAAUAAAAAGAGUUGACAAAGGUAAAAGAGGAAUAUUCUAAUAAAUAUGCUCAGUUUCAAAAGAAUUUUAACAUUUCUUUUAUUCUGUGGCAAGUACAAGACGUUUUCUUGUUGCACUCUAAAAAUUUGGGACUUGAAAUAUUUUGAUUCUCAGCCAUUUGUCAGAUUAAAUUCAUUUUUAUUGUUAAAAUAUUCCUUUGUACAUGUACAAAAAGAAAGAGACAGUGUUUGUGUGUAGCAGAGUGUGGAGUAAAAAACUAAUUUUCCUGGAGACACUGACCUGUAGACUCAUUUCAUCACUUAUUGAAGCAGGACGGCACUUUCUUAACUUUAUAAAUGUUUGUAACUUUUAAAAUAGUUUUCUUUGUGUGUUUAGCCUUCAUGUUUUCACUUGGAAAAUUUUCGUUGACAUUUAAUGUGUAAAGGUGUAAACCUUGUGAGCUGGUUGAUUAGUGCUGUUUUAAUUUUAUUCAACUAAUUCUUUUUAAAAGUGUUUUGUGGGGAAGAAAACCAAGCUAAACUAUACUAAGAAAAAAAUACACCUAACUUCCCAGGACAUUUUUGUACAGAAGAUGAUUAGGGCCACAAAACAAAAACAAAUUCAGACUUUUGUUUUCUGAAUUCUGUUUUUGUUUCUUGUUUUUUCAUAAUGGGCUCU